GCCACUCUUGAGUGCUACAAUGACAGAGUUCCUGGUUUGUUUUAAUUGUUGUAUUGGUGACCAGCCCCAGUCGAAGAGGCAUCCAAGACUGGACAGAAACAUGAUAGGAGAGCCGAUGAACUUCGUACACAUCACCCACAUUGGAACAAAAGAGAUGGCCAGUGCCCUUCCAUCAGCUGGAGAAAUUCAGGAACAGAUGAAUUCCAAAGGAGGCUACCACAACAAUAAUUCUUCAAGUACACAGGUGUAAGGUGUUUGAGUGAGAGAAUGAAGUACCAGUUCUGGGAUGUUAUGCUUUGAAAAUAAUUGGGUCUAGGGAAUAGAACUGAUCAACUGUCACUUCUUGUAUUUAGACCACUUAUUCAGCUAGUAUGACUAUGUAAUGCUAAAUUCAAUUCCUGUGUCUGUGGAAGUCUGUUCAUGCUGGGGAUCUGAUCUUGACCAAGUAAUUCAGACAACUUAACCUCAUCAUUAUAUAUAUAUAUUCGGUCUAAAAGUAGUAUUUAAGAUGGUAGUUACAUUUUAAUGAACAAACUCAUGGCUUGCUCCCAUGAAAGAUGCCUGGAAUUGGUGAGUCUAUUGGGGAAGUGGGGAGAGACUAGGGUAUAUACUGUAUACUGCUCUGUAUUUUAAAAAAAUCUGAGCUGUUCACAAAUUCUGGCUUCCAUAAAACUAAAACCUUCCACUAAGGAUUGUGCCCUGGAAAACAUGUCUAAGCUCAUUUCAGCCAUGAAUUGCUUGGUCUUGUCCCUGAUCUCUGGAAAGCCUGCUUGGGCAGAUAUUUGUCACUGUAUUAAGCAUUCUAUAUAUUAAAACUACUAUAGAACUUAUUCUUGACUAUCAAAUUCUAACAACACUAUUGCCUGUAUUCCCGGACUAAAAAUCAUGGAGGCUGAUCUCAUGUAAGGCUGUUUUUUUCUAAUAUGCUUCUUGUUAUAGAGAGUGCGAGUGUGGUCUUAUCAUAUGCCUUAAAUACUAAUCUAACACUGGCAAAAACAGCUGGUUUAAAACUGCUUUUUAUCACAACAGCCAUGCCAUAUUCCCUGAAAGGCUUUGUGAAGCAUGCAAGAAAAUAUAAGGAUUUGGUGGAGGAUACUAAAGAUAGCUGAAAUAAUGUCCAGUUCAAAUAGGAGGUUAAUGGUAUUUGUUGCUGUUGUAACUUGUAAUGCCAAAAUCUAAAAAUGAAUUAAUUUUAGAUGUUAGGUGGUAAUCUGUCAAAAUUAAUUUGUCCUAAACGCAUAGACUUGUAAUAACAAGUGCACUGCUAUGCAGUCAACCAUUUUGUUCCUUAAUUCCGUUCUCUUGCAAACAGUUUACAACUAGCAGAAAAGAUGUGCAUUCUCCAAAUUUCAGCCUACAGCCUAACACUAACUUGAAAUUUUCAUCAGAAAAACUUGUUAUUGGCACUUGACAUUGUAUGUAGUCUGGGCUAAGUUUGCAAGUGCUUCUAUUCAAAGCUGAUUUGAUGGGAAUUGAGUUAAAUAAGCCAUGGUCAUAAGACACUUCUAGAACAGAAUUGAAGCACACCUUUGCUAUGACCUUCAAAAGUGAGAGCAAUAGCAACUCUAUUUCAGCUUUCGUGAAGUGAAAGCAAAGGGCUGAACUCCCAGUUUUAAUAAAUAUCCCAAUAUCACCUCUAUUUUUCUCUAUCUAAGAAGAUGGUACCAUUCAUUUUACUAUGAAUACCAAACUCAAACAUCUCCGUUUUUAAAAUGGGCAUUUUAAACUACUGAUCUGUAUGCUGUUUUAAACAUAAGUAAUUAUUAUUAUUGAAACAUUUGUUUGUGUGUAUAUAGUGUAUGUACUGCUGGAAGACUUCUGUACAGUCAUGAGAAAAUACUAGUAAGAACACAUACUCAAUACUGGAAUUAAGAUCCCUGUUCUUAAGUACAGGUGCCAGUGUUGAUGUUCAGUAACUAUUUGGUGCAGCAGUCUUACAGCUGCACUGUUGAUUGGAAGAUGUUAUAGACAAUUAAAUGGUAAACAUAGCACAAAUGAAAUUGUACUGAUUUUGAUCCAAUAUAGCACAUAAAUUAAACAUUUUUGAAAAUUCAA